CGGCGGCGGAGGGGGCGCCGCGGGCGGGCGAUGUGAGCGCUGCGCUCUGAGCAGAGUACGCUUCAUGUCAGUAGAAAUGGACAGCAGCAGUUUUAUUCAGUUUGAUGUGCCCGAGUACAGCAGCACCGUUCUGAGCCAGCUAAACGAACUCCGCCUGCAAGGGAAACUAUGUGACAUCAUUGUCCACAUUCAGGGUCAGCCGUUCCGAGCCCACAAAGCAGUCCUUGCUGCCAGCUCCCCAUAUUUCCGGGACCAUUCAGCAUUAAGUACCAUGAGUGGCUUGUCAAUAUCAGUGAUUAAAAACCCGAAUGUGUUCGAGCAGUUGCUUUCUUUUUGUUACACUGGAAGAAUGUCCUUGCAGCUAAAGGAUGUUGUCAGUUUUCUGACUGCAGCCAGCUUUCUUCAGAUGCAGUGUGUCAUUGACAAGUGCACGCAGAUCCUAGAGAGCAUCCAUUCGAAAAUCAGUGUUGGAGAUGUCGACUCUGUUACUGUCGGUGCUGAAGAGAAUCCCGAGAGUCGUAAUGGAGUGAAAGACAGCAGCUUCUUUGCCAACCCAGUUGAGAUCUCCCCUCCAUAUUGCUCUCAGGGACGGCAGCCCACUGCAAGCGGUGAUCUCCGGAUGGAGACAACCCCCAGCAAAGCUUUGCGCAGCCGCUUACAGGAGGAGGGGCACUCAGACCGCGGGAGCAGUGGGAGCGUUUCUGAGUACGAGAUUCAGAUAGAGGGGGACCAGGAGCAAGGGGACCUGCUGGUGAGGGAGAGCCAAAUCACCGAGGUGAAAGUGAAGAUGGAGAAGUCUGACCGGCCCAGCUGUUCCGACAGCUCCUCCCUGGGUGAUGAUGGGUACCACACCGAGAUGGUUGACGGGGAACAAGUCGUGGCAGUGAACGUGGGCUCCUAUGGUUCUGUGCUCCAGCAUGCAUACUCCUACUCCCAAGCAGCCUCACAGCCAACCAGUGUAUCAGACGCUUUUGGAAGUUUGAGUAAUUCCAGCCCAUCUAGGUCCAUGCUGAGCUGUUUCCGAGGAGGGCGUGCCCGCCAGAAGCGGGCUUUGUCUGUCCACCUGCAUAGUGAUCUGCAGGGCCUGGUGCAGGGGUCUGACAGUGAAGCCAUGAUGAACAACCCUGGGUAUGAGAGCAGUCCCCGGGAGAGGAGUGCAAGAGGUCAUUGGUACCCGUACAAUGAGAGGUUGAUCUGUAUUUACUGUGGAAAGUCCUUCAACCAGAAAGGAAGCCUUGACAGGCACAUGCGACUCCAUAUGGGAAUCACCCCCUUUGUGUGCAAGUUCUGUGGGAAGAAGUACACACGGAAGGACCAACUGGAGUACCACAUCCGGGGCCAUACUGAUGAUAAACCAUUCCGCUGUGAGAUCUGUGGGAAGUGCUUUCCAUUCCAAGGUACCCUCAACCAGCACCUGCGGAAAAACCACCCGGGUGUCACCGAAGUCAGGAGUCGCAUUGAGUCCCCGGAGAGAACAGAUAUGUAUGUGGAACAGAAACUAGAAAAUGAUGCAUCGGCCUCGGAGAUGGCCCUAGAUUCCCGGAUGGAAAUUCACACAGUGUCUGACGCUCCCGAUUAA